AUGGUGGUGAAGCCGAGACGUAAGAUGGCCACACCGGUGUUCGGCACAAUAAUAACUGACGUGUGCCUGCAGCCCGAGGUACUCGGUGCCAGGGAACUUGUCAAGGCUCUUUACCGACGCAUUAAGAACGAGGCGGACGCCGCGGGCGCAGCAGCCGCAGGCGGAAGCCGUGCACUUGCCACCAGCCCCAACGGCAGCACUAACAACGGCGGUGGUGGCGGCGCGGCCUACGGGCCACUCUCAAAUGUCGGUUUGCCACUCCCGGUCGCUGGGUCUAUUGACUUUGCAACAGGGCGCCGGCUUGUGUGCUUUUGGCCACCGCAGAACCCUCUGCCGAUCAUUGCCGAGCCGCAGUAG